CUGUCUGCAUGUGUGUGUGGAUUUUUCCAUGCCCUGUGUAUACUUGCAUGAGUAUGUGUGAAUGUUGGGUUGGCAUCCUGAACUUACAAGGCUUCUGUCAGUGGGCACAUGUCCUUCUACUCUCUCUCUUUCUCUCUCUCAUUUAUUCAUUCUCCCCCUCUUAUAUUCACUCUGCUCUCCUGACCUGCUGUGUGACUGUCACCCUCUCUAUGACCUCUGUUCUCAGUGCCUUUGUGCAUUUCCCUCCCUUUCCCGUUCUAGCCCCCCUCAAAUCCCCACCAUGCUCCAGGGUCUGGGGCCUGCAGCCUUUUUCCCCAGGAGGGCCUAGUGGACUGCAAGGGGCACCCAUAGGGCACCUCACUGUAUGGAGAGACUGGGGAUGUAGUCCUGUCUCCAGAGAGUGGAGGGUGUUGGGUGAAGGAGCCCAGGUACCCCUGGAGGUGAAACCCGGACAGUUCCUAGAGAUAGUCAGGGUGCUGGGGAAGGGGACACAGGUCCUUAGGAACCAGUGAGGAAUCAGGAUUGUGAUUGGGGUCAUGGCCACAGCAGAGGCAUAGGGACAUCAAGAUGCUGCUGCUCAGCCAGGAGCAGCAGGAGAGGACAUGGGAAGUGAGGCUUCGGGCUGUUGGUCAGGGUCCUCUUACCUGCUUCCUAUUGCUGGUUGAGAUCAGGGACCUGGCCAUGAGGCCAAGAAGGAACGUGGCUACAAGCAACUUGAGUGAUUUGUCUCUACUCCUUGGUCACUGGGCCCAAGUCUCCAGGAGCCUGCAGUCCUGAGGGCUGUGGGAGAGUGAUAGGCUCCAGGCCCCCAGAAAGGUGAUUCUUGGAGAGGGCUUGUUGCCAGUACUCUGAGGUGAGCAAGCCAUUGUCUGUUCAGGGCACUGGGCCCUCUGGGGUACAAGCGGCCCCUGGAGGACAGGCGCUGCACCAGACUCUCAGUUCCUGCUCCCCCACGCCAUCGCAGUCAGGCCAGGGAGACCCUAGCUCUUCAGGCACCUGUUCUACCAUCCCAGACUUCUUUCUGGCCUAUCUGCAGUGCCUCCUUUGGGCAGCUAGGCCCCAAGUCUUGGCUCCUAUCUGUCUGUCUUCUGCCCCUCUUCCUACCCUCUAACGCCACCUGCCCAUCCUGGGGUGCCCGCUGCCUGCCCGCCUGCCUGCCCACCUUGCCCGCCUGUAGCAUGCCCAAGCUAUCGCAUGCAGGCCGCUGGGAAGUACCAACCCCUCUGCCUGUCCCAGUGCUCACCCCCAAUCUCUAGAGGAGCUAUCCCCCUUAAUUCCCUUCACCUGCUCCAGCUCUGCAGGCCUGGCUUGGGGGCAUACAGAUCAGCCGUCUAGUCAGAGGGUAGCCCUCCCUGAUGCUGGAGCAGAACAUGGGGCGUGGCAACCAGAACCAGGAACCCCUGGCUCUUGUUUGACCACUAAAUUCACUGCUGGUGACAAGGCCAAAAAGGCCCAGUCCGAUCCUGGCGGGCGUUCUGUCCUCACAUGGUCAGAUGUGGAUGCCAUGGGCCUGCUUCCAGGCAGAGGCGGACAUAAAAGUAGCAUGCCAGGGAAGCCACCUAGCUGAGGUCUCCACCUCAUGUCUCUGGCAAACGUAGACUUGGAAACAAAGUCUUUUGUGACCACCCCUCCCCCACCCACCCCAUCUUUCAGGUCGGGGAGUGGGGGGGGCAGGAGAAGGCACCUUGAGGACAGUCCAGGUGGGGAGGGUGACCCCAAUCUGUAGGGCAGGGGCUCUGCUGGCCUGGCUGAGGGCUAUCAGGGAGGGGAACCUGAGGACCUGUCCCCUCUCCAGAAUGCCAGCCCUGGAGCUGGGAUCAGCUAGAUAUUAAUCCCUUCCCUGCCCCUGGUUCUCAACCUUCCCAGCCCUGCAGCUCCCGCUGGCCAAUGAUGGGGGCAGCCGUUCGCCGUCCUCAGAGAGCUCUCCACAGCACCCCACACCCCCCGCCCGGCCCCGCCACAUGCUGGGGCUCCCGCCGACCUUGUUCACACCCCGCAGCAUGGAGAGCAUCGAGAUCGAUCAGAAGUUGCAGGAGAUCAUGAAACAGACAGGCUACCUAACCAUCGGGGGCCAGCGCUAUCAGGCAGAAAUCAAUGACCUCGAGAAUCUGGGUGAGAUGGGCAGUGGUACCUGUGGCCAGGUAUGGAAGAUGCGCUUCCGGAAGACAGGCCACAUCAUUGCCGUCAAGCAAAUGAGGCGCUCGGGGAACAAGGAGGAGAACAAACGCAUCCUCAUGGACCUCGAUGUGGUGCUCAAGAGCCACGACUGCCCCUACAUUGUUCAGUGCUUCGGCACCUUCAUCACCAACACUGACGUCUUCAUUGCCAUGGAGCUCAUGGGCACCUGUGCAGAGAAGCUUAAGAAGCGGAUGCAGGGCCCUAUCCCUGAGCGGAUCCUGGGCAAGAUGACUGUGGCGAUUGUGAAGGCGCUGUACUACCUGAAGGAGAAACACGGCGUCAUCCACCGAGACGUCAAGCCCUCCAACAUCCUGCUGGAUGAGCGGGGCCAGAUCAAGCUCUGUGACUUUGGCAUCAGUGGCCGCCUCGUCGACUCCAAGGCCAAAACACGGAGCGCUGGCUGUGCCGCCUACAUGGCACCUGAGCGCAUAGAUCCCCCGGAUCCCACCAAGCCUGACUAUGACAUCCGGGCUGAUGUGUGGAGCCUGGGUAUCUCCUUGGUGGAGCUGGCAACAGGACAGUUUCCCUACAAGAAUUGCAAGACGGACUUUGAGGUCCUCACCAAAGUCCUACAGGAAGAACCCCCGCUCCUGCCCAGUCACAUGGGCUUCUCGGGGGACUUCCAGUCGUUCGUCAAAGACUGCCUUACUAAAGAUCACAGGAAGAGACCAAAGUAUAAUAAGCUACUUGAACAUAGCUUCAUCAAGCGCUAUGAGAUGCUCGAGGUGGAUGUGGCAUCCUGGUUCAAGGAUGUCAUGGCAAAGACCGAGUCACCGCGGACUAGUGGAGCCCUGAGCCAACAUCAUCUGCCCUUAUUCAGGUAGCUGUGUGGUGGCAGCCAGCCCCACAGGGGCCCAGGGGCGUGGCCACAGGCCCCUCUUCCCUAUCUGGCCACCCAGCUGCCCACCAGGGGAGACCUGGGACCUGGACGGCUGCCGAGGGCUGAAGACAGAAAGUAGGGGGCGCCCACCCACCCCUGACUCCCUGCCCACCAGCUGUGGACAGAUGUGCCUGCUGGGCCCCAGCCCUUCCCAUCCCGGGGUCAGCCGGCCAUGCACGUCCCCCCAACAGACACUGUGAACGGAAGACAGCAGGCC